AUGGAUUUAGAGUCGGGGACAUCCUCAGUUCGAGAGUCGGAGCCGGAGCUGGAUCCUUCUGAGGAUUUGGUGGAUGAGCAGGAUGAGCUACCAGCGGAACCUAAGGCGCCACCAGAGCCUGUAGUGGAAGAAGAAGGGCUUCCGGAGCUUGUAGGAGAGGAAUGGGUUGAAUUUGACCGUAGUAAAGCCGAGCGGAAAGUUCAGAGGUUCUUCUGUUUGGCGGUCGAGUCCUACGACAACAAGGAGGGUGACAUCUACCGAGGUCUGAGAACCCAUAUGCUCAUAGAGUUUACUAAUGAGUCAAUUCCUAAUGAUGAGUCCGCCAUUGAAGACGAAGACGAGGUCAAAGAGGAAGAUGAAGACGAUGAAGAUGAUGAAUCAGAGGAGUAG